GGCAAGUGGGCACGGAAAUGGGCAAUUCUACGCAGAUCCGCUGAAAUUUGGGCGUAUUUCAGUUCAUUCUACAUUAAAGAUCGUCGCAUUUCAGCGAAAUAUAACAGUGGCGCCUGGUCGGAAGAGAAGUUCAAAGCGGAGCGAUCGCAGCUCGGUAAAGAAAUUACACAGAACCUUCUCAAGCUCGGUCCAACCUUUAUCAAAGUUGGUCAGCUAUUCUCUACUCGCAUUGAUAUUGUACCAAAAGAGUACAUUGAAGAACUCAAACAACUUCAGGAUAACGUUCCGGCCUUCUCUGGAGAUUUGGCAGUACGGAUCAUCGAGGAGGAACUUGGCAAGCCAAUAGACCAACUCUUUGAUGAAUUUGAUCGAAAAUCUCUUGCAGCUGCAUCGCUUGGCCAAGUACACAUUGCUCGUAAGGGUGACGAGAUGCUAGCCAUCAAGGUGCAAAGGCAAUACCUCCGAGAAUUGUUUGAAGUGGAUUUGGGCCAGCUUCGCCAGGUUGCUGUUUUUGCUGAUGCCUUGGAUCUCACAUCGGAAGGGGGUCUUUUGGAUCGAAAUACACAACGCGACUGGGUCAGUGUGUUUCAAGAGAAUCAACGCUUGCUUUAUGAAGAGAUUGACUACAUUAACGAAAUGAACAACUGCAACAGAUUUCGUGAGAACUUCAAUACUGCAAAAUUCAGACAUAUACGGGCUCCAAAAACAUACCCUGAGUUCACCACAGACAAAGUUAUGGCGAUGGAAUUUUUACCUGGUAUCAAGGUAACAGACAAAGAGAAAAUUGAGCAGGCUGGCUUAGACCCAAUUGAUAUCAGCGUGAAGAUGGCAGAGGGUUUCCUCGAACAGCUGUGCCGACAUGGAUUUUUUCAUUCCGACCCUCAUCCUGGGAACGUUGCAGUAGAAAAAGGUCCGGACGGGGAGGCAGUAAUAAUAUUCUACGAUUUUGGCAUGAUGGACAGUUUCGGUGACGUGCAGAGAAAAGGCCUCGUUGACUUUUUCUUUGCGGUCUACUACGACGCAAAUGUCAAAGAUGCGAUGGAUGCGCUCGAACGACUCGGAAUGCUAAGAAAUGGUCCUGAUAUCGACCGAGUUGCUGUUGAGCGUGUCGGUAAGGAUUUUAUCGAUCGGUUUCAGGAAACACUUAAACGAGACGCAUCGUGGGAGAACGAGCUUUCGGAAGAGGAGCGGAAAAGAAUCACUCGGGAACGACGAAGGAAAUUGGGCGAAGAAUUUCUCUCUUUGAAUCGUGAUAGUCCGUUUGUCUUCCCGCCCACGUGGACGUUCGUCUUCCGUGCUUUCUUUUCGAUUGAUGGAAUUGGGAAGACGCUUAACCCACAAUAUGAUCUUACGAAGCUAACGCUACCGUACUUGAAAGAGCUCCUUGACUUAAAAGAUGGUAACGCUUUCAAAACAACAUUGAUUCGGAUAGGCAAGCGCUUAGGUCUCCGACCUGAAGAUAUCAAUCAAGCAGUUACACAGCCACGCCGAACAGCAAGAGUGGAGGACGUGGUCACGCGCAUGGAGCAGGGAGACUUCAAGUUACGCGUACGAGCGCUAGAAGUUGAGCGGGAACUGGAGCGCAGCAAACUUGUGCAGAAAAACACCUUUCAGGCAAUUCUUUCUGGGUUACUUUUCCAAGGAGCCGUUUCCUUGGCAACUGUAGGUAGUGGUCUUUACGCUGCAGGUCCGAUCAGCCGUACUCUUUUUGCCGUGUCCGCGGUACUCGGUAUCCAAAUACCUUUCGGUAUUUUCCGGUUGCGAAAACUUGACAAGUACAACGCUGGGUACGGCUUGAAUAAAUAG